AUGAAUAGCACAGACACCAAUGGAGAAAGACGUGACGAUCAGUUUGAUCUGCGAGAUUCGAAGAUGUCAGAUCACUUUAUUCUGAACCUGGAUGAGUAUCACGAGACUGUGGAGACGCAUUAA